ACAGGUCGUUUAUGUCUUGGACAAAGCAUCUUGUGAAUGUGACAGAGUGUUGGGGUUGAACACCUGAACAGAACUUGAACCCUGCCUCUGCGCUCUUGUGGAAUCUGUGCAGUGCUUGAACCCUAAUAAUGACUGCUUUCUUGAGAAGGUUUGCGAGGGCCACUCCGAUCCUAUUCGCUGCCCAAUCCAAUUCCUCUCACACCAAUCUCCGCCUUCCCUUCACUGCCAUCGCCGCCAUUUCCGGCGGAGUCUCCUUCCUUUACUACCAUUCCUCUCCCAACUUCGCUCAUUCACAAGAAGCAGAACAAGUGGAAAGUAAAAACAUCGCACUCGUUCCGGAUAAAUGGGUCGAGUUUAAGUUGCAGGACACUGCCAGGGUUAGUCACAAUACCCAGCUAUUCAGGUUUUCAUUUGAUCCCACUCAGAAAUUGGGUCUGGAUAUUGCCUCUUGCAUCCUUACAAGGGCUCCAUUGGGACAAGAUGCUGAAGGAAAACCAAAAUUUGUUAUACGCCCGUACACUCCUAUUUCAGAUCCACAAUCAAAGGGAUAUUUUGAUUUGCUUAUCAAGGUAUAUCCUGAAGGGAAAAUGAGCCAGCAUUUUGCAAGCUUAAAACCGGGUGAUGUUGUUGAAGUGAAAGGCCCCAUUGAAAAGCUCAGAUAUACUCCUAAUAUGAAGAAGCAUAUUGGCAUGAUUGCUGGAGGCACAGGAAUUACUCCUAUGCUUCAGGUAAUUGAAGCUAUAUUGAAGAAUCCUGAUGACAAAACUCAGAUAUCUUUACUUUAUGCUAAUGUCUCCCCGGAUGACAUACUGCUUAAACAAAAGCUUGACAUUCUAGCAACAAGCCACCCAAACUUAAAGAUAUUCUACACUGUAGAUAAUCCAACAAAAAAUUGGAGAGGAGGUGCGGGGUACAUAUCAAAGGAUAUUGUUGUGAAAGGCUUACCCGGCCCUAGUGAUGAUACUCUUAUACUUGUGUGUGGACCCCCUGGUAUGAUGAAAGCAAUAUCUGGAGAAAAGGCCAAGGACUGGACACAGGGAGAGGUUUCUGGCGUCCUAAAAGAGGCUGGAUACACUGAACAAAUGGUAUACAAAUUCUGAGAAGUUUAGUUUUCUUGCAUCUGAAGAUAGUAUUCGAAGCACUUGUCCGCUGCAGAAUUCGUGUACUGAAAUGGUUUUCUGAAGAAUAACAGUUGGGUGCGGUUGAAAAUUCCAACAAUAAAUCUAGAAUUACAGAGGAUAGAGAAUUAUUGAUUGUGUGUAUUUUCAAAAUUUUGUGGAUAUUUAAUCAUGCAGUUGUCUAGCAUGGAAGUCAAUAAUGGGCAUCUGUGGGGGUAAAUUUACUUCUCCCACCCUAUUUUCUAACAUUUUCUUAAUGAGAAAACUAUAGCACCCUGAAAGGCUUGGAGCA